UGACUCACGUCCCACCAUUACUGGCAGUAUUUCGUGAAAAGUGCGAUAAACUAGACCUUUUUGUCAACUGUGGAAGCGCACCUUCAAUAAUUGAUCAGUUAUCGUUAUCGGGAUUGGUUAUACCAAUGGUAAAACCAUCAGUAGUAUAUGUCACUAACUGCAUAGCGUUUAAGCCCAGUCGUCGUUCUACUACGCGUCGCAAUGGAUCUCGCGGUGCUGCCGGUGGUCGUGAUUUUAUUAUUGACAUACUUAGCGUAUCGCUUGAAGACACAAAUUACUUUCUGGUCCGAUCGGAAUGUGCCUUCCACUGGAGUUUCUCUGAGACAAAAGCGUGAUUAUAACGUUCAUAUUGCCCGAUCCUUCCAAAAGCUGUACCAUCAGUUCAAAGGUCAGUUUCCGAUCGCUGGAAUCUAUUUGUACAUCAAGCCGGUCGCGCUGGCCAUCGAUUUGGAACUGCUGAAGUGUAUAUUCGUUAAGGAUUUCCAGUAUUUCCACGAUCGGGGCACAUACUACAAUGAGAAGGACGAUCCUCUGUCUGCGCAUCUGUUUAAUUUGCAGGGCACGAAAUGGCGUAAUUUGAGGAUGAAAAUUUCUCCAACGUUCACCUCGGGAAAGAUGAAAAUUAUGUUCCCGACCAUGAUCGCAGCGGGGAAACAAUUCGGCGAUUACAUGAAUGAAAAAGUUGGAAAGGGAACGGAGCUCGAACUGAAGGAUCUGCUUGCACGGUUCACCACCGAUGUGAUUGGAAUGUGUGCCUUCGGAAUCGAGUGCAACUCGAUGAAGGAUCCUAAUGCACAGUUUCGCCAGAUGGGGAGAAGGCACUUCGAAUUACCGAGAAACCGGCUGAAGGAUUCGGUUUGUUCGAUUGCCCCACGAUUUGCACGCUUACUCGGACUGAGACAAAAUGAUCCGGAACUGUCCGAUUUUUUCAUCAAUGUGGUUCGGGAAACUGUUGAUUAUCGUGUUAAGAACAAUGUGCACAGGAACGACUUUAUGGAUUUACUGAUUGCUAUGAUGAAAGGUGACACUUCGGGACAGGAUCCGUUGACCUUCAAUGAAAUCGCCGCUCAGGCAUUCGUCUUCUUCGUCGCCGGUUUCGAAACAUCGUCCACCACGAUGACCUGGGCACUGUACGAGCUGUCCCUCGAUCAGGAUGUCCAGGAGAAGGGGAGAAAAUGUGUACAGGAAGUUCUCGAUAAGCACAACGGGGAGAUGAGCUACGAAGCGAUGUUGGAAAUGACGUACAUUGAUCAGAUUUUGAAUGAAACACUUCGCAAGUAUCCACCGGUACCUCUUCAUUUCCGUGCAGUAGGAAAGGACUAUCAAAUACCCGACACCAAUACUGUGCUACCAGCUGGCACUAGCGUGAUGAUUCCUGUCUACGCUAUCCAUCACGAUCCGGAGAUAUUCGCAGAUCCGGAAAAGUUCGAUCCAGAGCGAUUCACAGAGGAAGAAAUACGCAAACGGCACCCAUAUGCUUGGACACCAUUCGGGGAAGGUCCCCGUAUCUGUAUCGGCAUGCGAUUUGGGAUGAUGCAAGCCCGAAUAGGGUUGGCAUUGUUGCUGCGAUCCUUCCAAUUCACGAGUGGCGAAAAGUCAACCGUUCCGCUGGACUUCACGGCGAAAAGUUUUAUUCUGUCUCCCGAACAGGGAUUGUGGUUGAGGGUUGAUAAACUUUGAAAUAAAGAAGGUAUUCUUGGAUAUUGAAAA